AUACCACUGCUCAAGUGGCUGACAGUGGAAGUCGGAAACUGAACUAGCGGCGCCCCACAUUUCGGUCGACGCGACGUAGUAGCCAUUUUCGCGGUCCUAUAUCCAGAUUAACAGACUGAUUGGAAAAUGGACUCGAGACAGCAAGAUCCAGAGGAGUUCUAUGUGAAGCAGGAUAGGAUUGGGAAGGGGUCGUUUGGAGAGGUCUAUAAAGGAUAUGAUAAACGAACACAGAAGACGGUCGCUAUCAAAAUCAUCGAUUUAGAGAGCGCAGAGGACGAGAUAGAAGAUAUACAGCAAGAGAUCCAGAUCCUCUCCCAGCUGGAUUCACCCCAUGUUACCAAAUACCAUGGGUCGUAUCUCAAAGGCUCGCAUCUUUGGAUCGUUAUGGAAUACUGCUCAGGCGGCUCUUGUUCCGACUUGAUGAAACCCGGUGUCUUCAGGGAAGAAUAUAUCGCCAUCAUUAUCCGCGAACUAUUAAGGGGACUGGAAUAUUUGCACACCGAGGGGAAGCUCCAUCGUGAUAUCAAAGCUGCGAAUAUCUUACUUUCAGCCAACGGCGAGGUCAAACUGGCCGACUUUGGUGUAUCUGGACAGCUUUCGGGGACUCUAUCGGCGAAGAAGAACACGUUCGUUGGUACCCCUUACUGGAUGUCACCGGAGGUGAUUAAGCAGAGUGGUUAUGACCAUAAGGCGGAUAUCUGGAGUUUAGGAAUCACCGCCAUCGAGUUGGCUAAGGGAGAGCCUCCAUACGCAGAGCUGCAUCCUAUGAAGGUCCUCUUCCUCAUUCCCAAAAACCCGCCCCCUACACUCGAAGGAAACUUCUCGAAAACAUUCCGAGAGUUCGUCUCGUACUGCCUUCAGAGAGAUCCCAAAGAGCGCCCGUCCGCAAAGGAACUGUUAAAGCAUAAAUUCGUUCGUAUGGCGAAAAAGACAAGCUAUCUCACCGAGUUGAUUGAGAGACACGAGCGGUGGAAAGCGGAGGGUGGAGAUAGGGGCAUGGAAGAAGACGAUCGACCCCGCGGUGACCCGGACGCUGGAGCUAACGGAGACCCUGACGACAUGUGGGACUUUGGCACUGUCCGUCAUGCCGGUCGCACCCUCGGACGUGGCUCGGUACGAGUAGCAGGUCCUCCAUUGACAUGGGAGAACGAUGGUCGGAAUCGUAUGGACGACUAUUCCGAGUCGCGCUACAAACGGAGCCUCAAUAACUCGGAAGAUUCGUACAGUUCUUCCAUCACAGCAAAGAACGAACUUCCACCGCUCCCUUCAUCUGCCAAGUCGUCACGUUUUGAGCCAGAUACUGUGCGGACAGUGCAGCACGCGCCUGCGCCUAGCUCCGCAAAAAGGGCGGUGCAGAGGGAGCCGUCAGACGAUUAUGAGGACUAUGAUGAUCAGUACGAGGACUAUCCCGCAAAGAUGGCAGCUCUUCAGGACAAGGUCGAUGACCUACACAUAGAGGAUGAUGUUCCUGACACGACGAUGCUCGAUUCGGUGGUGCUUCCUGCCAUUGCAUCACUCUUCCCUCGAGUCUCGACGCAGGAGGCGCGUGUCGCCCUCAGCGCGCUUCAGAGAGCCUUCACCGAGGCAGAACGAAUUAUCCCCGGUGUUACACACGAACUGGUGAACGAGAUUGUCGACUCGGUCGAACGCGUCGACGACGAUCGAUGA